AUGUCAUCUCCUAUAGCACCUCCAUCUUUCGGUGAGAUUUUUGAUACUGUUCAAGGUACACCCCACAUUCUUUCAUCACCUGUGCAAUCCGCUUUCCCUCACUUCGACCCUUCCUCACCAUUCAACACUAUUCGUAAGACUCCCAAUGACCGAGGUCUAAGAAGGAUGAGAACGGAGGGGUUUCUCAUAUCACCCAUGACAUCCAUACAGGCUCAGUCAAAUAUGAUGCACUCGCUUCAAUCCGGCACUUCUUUCACUAUUCCCGACAGAACUCGAACGCCUACGUUGGGCUUCAGACCUGUAUCAGUCGCUCCUACUCCUGUCAGAAUCGCAAAUUCGGACCCCGUGACAAAUUGGGAUGGAAUGGACUUUACUGGGCUCAACGUAGAUGAAAUGGAUAUGUCUGCUUUCGAAGAUGGGAUGCCAUAUGGCUCACCACUCAAAGCUCCUCGAUCAGACGAAGUGACUACACCAGUCAUGGUAUCUAUGCCUGAUCCUAGCCCUAUACAAUCACCUACUGCUCCACGAAGUGCAAAGAAGACUCGAACCUUAUCAGGUCUUGGUACUCCAGGUGCUCAUCGAUCAGCAAAAAGAAUAAGGCAAGCUACAUAUGACGCCAAUACUAUGCCUGUAUCCCCAUCAGCAUCGCGUCGACGUUUCACUGAACAUCCCACUUCUCUCACGACCAACGUACCUCUUUCGCGUGCGGUUUCAUCUUCCUCGAUUUACCUUGGUGCCCCUCAGCAAUAUCAACAGGAUAGAAACGUAUCUGCUUCAUCGGGAAUGACGGCUUCUACCUCCUACGAGAUCAUGUCACCUAGCUUACAGCCAUUAUCCGAGAUGUACCCACCCGUCCCAGCCUCUACUAGUUUACCAGAACUCAUGCCCUCACGAUCCCAUCUCCCCAGUCCUACGAUACCCGGUGGAUCUCCUAUUUGCACUCCUCAACAGCCUGCGGGCCUAUUCUAUACCUCUCCAGAGCAAGACCAAGGAGCUUUUGGUCAAAACGAAGUCCACGGCGAUAUGACUCUCAUGUCUCAAGUGAACUCAGUCAUGCCUCAAUCCACAUCCAUGAUGUCAGUCGCGUCAUUCCCUGGUAGCCAGGGGUAUCGACAGAACACUUUGACCACCAUUGUAGAAACACCCAUGAUGGCUCAAGAGGGUAUGACGUUCAGCGCCCCAUCUUCGUCACAAUUUCCCCACCAGCCUGCUCUCCCCCCUCAGCCUCAAUUCCAGCACAUGGAAUAUCCUGCUGUUCCUGGCAUGAGUCUCAACUAUCAACCUGGCCUCCCUUCCGCUACUCAAUCAAUGGAUAUUCAAGCGUGGUCAGCGCAAACGUAUUCUUCUCAGCCUCAAAUCUUCAACUUUCAAUCUGGACCUCCUCCCGCUCCUGGACCAAGUAUGCCUCCUCACCCCCAAAGACAUGCUUCAGCGUCAUUCCUCAAUUACCAAAUGCGAUCUAAUGAGAUGCCAAUCUUUCCUAACGCACCUAGGUCUGUAUCUGCGCCAUACAUACACACGAUGAACAGCAUCCCGCCACCGCCACCUCUCCCAAUGUCACAUUCCUUAUCUCAAGGGGGUCUAUUCGGUCCUUUGGCUUCUGCCGGUCCCAGCGAACCUCUGAGUGACGGUCAUCAAGGUUGGAGUCACUCCACUCCAGUCAGUCCUGAGACUCCCAGGAAGAGACAACAAUAUCCUCCUAUCGGCAAACGGUUGAAACCCGGACCUAAACCAAAGCCCAAGACACCUAAGAAGGGUAAAGGUACCACUUCCUCUCCUGAAGAAGGUAUCAAUUCUUCAUUCUUUGCUGGAUCAUCUGACCCUAUGACAGUCAUCGAAGAACAGCCGCCCAUGGCGAAACGAGAUUCUUCGCCUAAAGGAGCCUUGGUCUUUGGACCUGAUCUAUCUUCAGUAUCGGUAAUGCAAAGGUCAACGUCUGAUUCCGGUACUUCAUUAGUUGCCUCUCAUUCUCACACACAGAUGGGACAAGUACCGAACCAACAACCUCAAUUGGUCAUUCAACCUCCUCGAACUUCGUGCUCCGGCCCCUCAGGCGGAUCAGGCGGUGAUGGUUCGAAUGGUCCAGCAGGAUUACCAAGGGCCUUCCUCGAGAAGCUGUAUACGACUUUCCUGACUUUGGAUGGAUCAAUGACCGGACAGCCCGUCAAGAGGUUCAAAUGCCUGAUCGAAGGUUGCGAGAGACAUUUCCCAAGGAAAUCAGCUAUUCACUCUCAUAUUCAAACUCACUUGGAAGAUAAACCAUAUGUCUGUAACACCGAUGAUUGUCAUGCUGCUUUCGUAAGACAACACGACUUGAGAAGGCAUAUGAGAAUUCAUAGUGGUACCAAACCUUUCCCCUGUCCUUGUGGAAAAGGUUUUGCAAGGGGUGACGCAUUGAUGAGACAUCGUCAAAGAGGGAUAUGUAAUGGUUCACUAGUACCUCGACGAGAUGAGAUUUAA